AACUUGUUAACUUGCACUGUCUCAAACAGAGUACGGAGAAGAGCAGCGGUCGGUAUUACAGAGUACGGAGAAGAGCAGCGGUCGGUAUUACAGAAUACGGAGAAGAGCAACGGUCGGUAUUACAGAGUACGGAGAAGAGCAGCGGUCGGUAUUCGAGAUCUGCCGUGUCACAGAAGAACCACACUAGAACCGGACAGAAAAAAACUCAACUCAAAAUCUGUCAGACCAUCGGAGAAGUGAACUUGAACGAGUCUGAGAGAAAACGGAGCCUUUGUUUUCGGAAGCAGCAGGGAGGCGAACCGCAGGAAAGAUGAUGAGUUUUCUGCCAUACUUCUCCGCUGAGACCUGGACCCUCCUGGCCCUCCUCAUCACCCUCAUUGUAGUGUACGGGUACUGGCCCUAUGGUGUAUUCACUAAGAUGGGUAUCCCUGGUCCCAAACCCCUACCUUACUUUGGCACAAUGAUGGAGUAUAGAAAGGGCUUCACUAACUUUGACACAGAGUGCUUUCAGAAGUACGGGAGAAUCUGGGGGAUCUAUGAUGGGAGGCAGCCUAUUCUGUGUAUCAUGGACAAAAGCAUGAUCAAGACCGUCCUGAUUAAAGAGUGUUACAACAUCUUCACCAACCGCAGGAACUUACGUCUGAACGGCGAGAUGUUUGAUUCGUUGUUCGUUGCCGAGGACGAUACAUGGAGGCGGAUCCGCAGUGUCCUCUCACCUUCCUUUACCUCUGGACGACUGAAAGAGAUGUUUGGUAUCAUGAAACAGCACUCUGCUAACCUGCUGAACGGAAUGAAGAAGCAGGCAGAUAAAGACCAGACCAUCGAAGUGAAGGAGUUCUUUGGGCCCUACAGUAUGGACGUGGUCACCAGCACAGCUUUCAGUGUGGACAUUGACUCUCUGAACAACCCUUCAGACCCCUUUGUCUCCAACGUCAAGAAGAUGCUCAAGUUUGACCUGUUCAACCCACUGUUGCUACUAAUCUUUUUGUUUCCCUUCACUGGUCCGAUCUUGGAGAAGAUGAAGUUUUCUUUCUUCCCGACUGCAGUAUUGGACUUCUUUUACGCCUCGCUGGCGAAGAUCAAAUCUGGACGUGACUCUGGGAACUCAACUAGUCGGGUGGAUUUCUUACAGCUGAUGAUCGACUCUCAGAAAGGCAACGACACAAAGACAGGAGGGGAACAGACUAAAGGACUGACUGAUCAUGAGAUCUUGUCUCAAGCCAUGAUCUUCAUCUUCGCCGGCUACGAGACCAGCAGCAGUACUAUGAGUUUCCUGGCCUAUAACCUGGCAACCAACCCCCAGGUCAUGACCAAACUGCAGGAGGAGAUAGAUACUGUUUUCCCCAACAAGGCUCCAAUCCAGUACGAAGCUCUGAUGCAGAUGGACUAUUUGGACUGUGUGUUGAACGAGUCUCUGAGACUGUACCCCAUCUCCCCGCGACUGGAGAGGGUCGCCAAGAAGACAGUGGAGAUCAAUGGCAUCGUCAUCCCCAAAGACUGCGUUGUCCUGGUUCCCACGUGGACCCUCCACCGUGACCCAGAGAUCUGGUCUGACCCUGAGGAGUUCAAACCAGAGAGGUUCAGUAAGGAGAACAAGGAGCCUAUUGAUCCGAACACGUAUAUGCCGUUUGGGGUGGGGCCCAGGAACUGUAUCGGGAUGCGCUUCGCCCUGAUCAUGAUCAAACUGGCCAUGGUCGAGAUCCUCCAGAGCUUCACUUUCUCCGUCUGCGACGAGACCGUGAUCCCUCUGGAGAUGGACAACCAGGGUCUGGUGAUGCCAAAACGACCAAUCAAACUGAGGCUGGAGGCCCGUAGAAACACCCCUAGCAACACCACUGGUACCACUCUGAAGAGUCCAACAACGUGACCAAAUGCAGGAGCACCCCACCCUACCCUACCGUGGAGUACCUCUCUCUCUCUCUCUCCCUCCCCCCCAGGCAAAAGGGCUUUACUACAAACAGAAAUACUCCCCCGCUAAUGAACAUUUCUGGAAUCUGUUAUUUCAGCUCAUGAAACAUUUUUGUUCAACAGCCUCUCUAUCUAUCCAUGGCAUGAUAUCUAUCUAUCUAUCUAUCUAUCUAUCUAUCUAUCUAUCUAUCUAUCUAUCUAUCUAUCUGUCUGUCUGUCUGUCUGUCUGUCUGUCGAUCGGCUACUGAAUAUUCAGUCCUUAUCCUGACCCUGUUAUAGGCUACUGAAUAUUCAGUCCUUAUCCUGACCCUGCUAUAGGCUACUGAAUAUUCAGUCCUUAUCCUGACCCUGCUAUAGGCUACUGAAUAUUCAGUCCUUAUCCUGACCCUGCUAUAGGCUACUGAAUAUUCAGUCCUUAUUCUAACCCUGCUAUAGGCUACUGAAUAUUCAGUCCUUAUCCUAACCCUGCUAUAGGCUACUGAAUAUUCAGUCCUUAUCCUAACCCUGCUAUAGGCUACUGAAUAUUCAGGCUGGGAUUCAAUAGGCUACUUAAUAUAAUAUGAUAAUAAGACUGCAUUCACAAUGACUGUAUGAUAAAUCAGUUCAAUCAGGAAUGACCUUUAAAAUGGCACAUAGCUGAUAAAGCGCUGGGAUUGAAUCCUGGUCUCAGUCUCAUGCUUGGUUUGAGUAGGACUCAGAAACCCAUUUCCACCAGAUAAAAGAGAGAUAGUAAUACUAUGGCUGCAUUGGAGGUACAUGUCUUGUUAAAGUUAGACACCAGGGGAUAUUAAAUCCAUGGCAUGAUGUCAUGUCUGGAUCCUGGACACUACUGGCUGGUGGCUGGAAUCCUCCUAGAAUGUAGAACUCUAGCUGGUGUUCUCUAGAACUGUACUCUCAUUCUGUUCCUCUGGGUGUUCUGCUGUCCAGUCAUUCCAAAAUAGAAUCUUUACUGUCUGUUGAGAUGAUCCCUGCAGCUGCUUGGUUUUAACUUUAAUCAUCACAAACCAAUAAAAUCAUCACGCUAAUGAA